AGUAUACUUGCAUCCCGCUUGCACACACACUUCGCAUAAUAAAAAUAAUAAAUAAUAAUAAUAAAUUAUUAAAUAAACGGUAUUCAGACAGAACUACUGACUACUAUUAAUAGUCAAAGAACAUCAAUGAUUAAAUCGUUUAUUACAAUAAUAUUUUCAAAGUCUUCAUGGAGAAGCGAAUUUAAUCCAGCGAUUGUUUUGGUUUGUUUUUGUUUUUUAUUCGGACAUUGAAAAAUUGAGUAUUCGCCAGGACGACCAAGCAGAACAUUAACAAGAAUAACCAUAAUAUCGUAUGUCCAACGCGAUUAUACGAGCUGGGAUCGCUUAUCAAUUUGCAAACAAACUAUAUUUGGUUAGAGAAAAAACGGAGUAGAGAAAGGAAUUGCGUAUUACAUAUAGAAGGAAAAUAAAAUCAAUUGCUGAGAAUGUCGGAGAUAAAGGCGUUGGAGCACGCCACCCUAAAGGUGCCAUAUGAGAUUUUAAACAAACGAUUCCGUUCUGCCCAGAAGAUUAUUGACAGAGAAGUUGACCAGGUAAUGAAUGUUUCCCGUCAAGUUGAAAAGGCCUUGAACGGCGACGAGGCACCUAUUAUGUCGGAUGUGACCAAACUGAUGGGCAAUGUGGCCCAAAAGUUGCAGGUCCUGAAGCGCAAAGCCGAGGAGAGCAUCAACGAUGAAUUAAGUGUGACACAGAUCUGCAAACGAAAGAUUGAACAUCUUAAAGGCAUUAUGCCGCCGAACAAUAGCACUGGCGAUCUCUGGCAGGGUUCAGUGGAUCAGUGGAAACGCAUACGCUUGGAUCGUCUGGUGAUUGAGCAUCUGCUACGCAUGGGCUACUAUGAGACAGCCGAGGAACUGGCCGGACGCUCUGAUGUUCGCCACUUGACCAAUAUGGAUAUAUUUCAGACAUCGCGCGAGGUGGAGGUUGAUCUGGCCAAUCAUAGCACCACCAAAUGUGUACUCUGGUGCAUUGACAACAAAUCCAAGCUGCGCAAAAUCAAUUCAACCAUAGAGUUUAGCUUGCGUGUCCAGGAGUUCAUUGAGCUAGUGCGUCAGAAUCAACGCUUUGAGGCUGUGAAGCAUUCGCGUCGCUAUUUCCCGGCCUACGAGAAGACCCAAUUGAAUGAGAUCUGCCAUGUUAUGUCUUUGCUGGCCUAUCCUGUCGAUACCGAAAUGGAGCACUGCAAGAAGUACAUGGAUCCCAGGCGUUGGGAUCGAUUGGUUUUGGAUUUCCGUCAGGAGAAUUAUCGCCUCUUCCAAUUGUCCAGCACCUCGGUGUUCUCGGCUGCUGUGCAGGCUGGUCUUUCGGCUCUGAAGACCCCGCAUUGCUACACUCAGACCUGCCGCAACCUCAAUUGUCCCGUCUGUCAGGAGGAUCUCAACAGGAUUGCUCUCAAAUUGCCAUAUUCGCAUUGUGUCCAAAGCCGUUUGAUUUGUCGUGUAACCGGAUUACCCCUAAAUGAGAACAAUCAUCCCAUGAUGUUGCCAAAUGGACAAAUAUUUGGACAAAUGGCUAUCCAGGAUAUAACCAAAGACGAUGGCACUGUGACAUGUCCAGUGACCAAUACGAAAUUUACAAAACCCAAAAUCGAAAAGGUAUUUGUUAUGUGAGCCGAAACAAUGCUGAUAACAAUGGAAGACUUCCCACGAAUUACAAUCCUGAUUAUCAUUAAACUUAAGUUUAAGAAUAUCUCUAUUUUUGAAUAAUAUUAUUAUAAACUCCAUAUCUAUAUAUAAUCAUC